AUGAUUCGGCACCCUGAUCACAAUUACAUCGAUCCUAUUCACAUUCAUAUACAUGAACAACCAGCUUAUUGUUUCCAUGUUGAGGAAGAGCCUCAUGGAAAGCCCUGGUACGAUGACAUUAGAGGAUAUUUGAAGAGUGGUGAAUACACAGAAGAUACAACAAGUGUACAAAAGCGUACAAUUCGAAGGUUAGCAACCCAAUUCUUUUUAAGUGGGGAAAUCCUCUAUAGGAGAACUCCCGAUUUGGGGUUGCUAAGAUGCGUCGAAGCAAGAGAGGCUCGCAGGCUGGUCGAAGAGAAACAUGCAGGCACGUGUGGCCCUCACAUGAAUGGUUUUACAUUAGCAAAGAAGAUUCUAAGAUCAGGAUAUUAUUGGCUAACUAUGGAGAAAGACUGCAUUCUCUACGUCCAGAAAUAUCAUCAAUGUCAGACUCACACAAAUAUGAUUCGAGUACCUCCCAACGAACUACAUGUCACUAGUUCACCUUGGCCGUUCGAAGCAUGGGGCAUGAAUGUCAUUGGUCCAAUCGAGCCAACAGCAUCCAACGGGCACAGAUUCAUUCUUGUCGCAAUUGACUAUUUCACCAAGUGGGUUGAGGCCACCGCCCAUAAAUCAGUGACAAAGAAAGUUGUGGAUGAGUUUGUCAAAAACAACAUUAUUUGUAGGCCACAGAUGAAUGGGGCUGUUGAGGCAGCAAACAAAAACAGCAAAAGGAUAUUGUGCAAGAUGAUCGAUAAUCACAAACACUGGCAGGAAAAGGUACCUUUCGCGUUGCUGGGUCUGGCAGAGAAUUUGGCAUUAAUAGAUGGAAGAAGAAUUAACGCCAUUUGUCAUGGUCAGCUCUAUCAGAAUAGAAUGGCCAGAGCUUUCAACAAGAAGGUUAAACCCAGACAUUUCUCACUUGGGCAACUGGUUUUGAAGCGGAUUUUUCCAAAUCAAGACGAGGCAAAGGGUAAAUUUUCACCAAACUGGCAAGGUCCGUUUAUAGUCGCUCGAGUACUGACAGGCGGAGCCCUCAUACUUGCAAAAAUGGAUGGAGAAGUUUGGCCAAAACCUAUCAAUUCAGAUUCUGUGAAAAAGUAUUACAUCUAG